UUUAAGUAGAGGUUGUGCUCGAAGGUGAGCGCGUGUUGGGGCGGGGAAUGGGUGUCAACUGUGAAAGAAAGACGGAAAAAUGGCGGGAACGAGCAUUCCGCAGUGAUCAGAUCCAGCACAUUUCAUCGUCUCUGAAGCUCGAUUGAUCUCUGGAAGAAGAUUGAAGUGGUGGGAGGAAAUUCGAAGACGGGUUGAGCGUGUCUGGGGAAGUGAUUGCGAUUGGAGUUUGAAUCCGUCGAGAAUUCAAACCAGCAAAAUCUAAUUUUCCAAAGGAGUAGUAAGAUGGCGCAAAGAACUAUGGCAGAUGUGUUGAUGAAAGCCGCGAGGGAAAAGGCAGGUAGGGCUCCGGCCAGCAGUAAAGAAAAAGAAAGGGAGAGAGACAGAAAAGAGCACGAGAAGAAGAUUGACGAGGAGGAUGGUUGCACGGAUUCAAAAUCUUCGAAAAAGCCUGCGGCUAAAGUUGUGCCGACGACUGUAGAUAAUUUUGAUACUGAAUUAUCGAAAAGUAGAUCAGAAUUUGAUCCAGCUCGGGCUGCGUUCUGGAAGAAAGGAGAGCAGGUGCCUUUCAUUUUCUUGGCUCGAGCUCUUGACUUGAUAGCGAAUACAACUAAAAGACUGGCUAUCACGGAGAUUAUCUGCAAUGUUUUCCGCACCGUCAUUGCUACGUCUCCUGGGGAUCUCUUAGCUGUGGUCUACCUGUCAGCCAACAAAGUAGCUCCAGCUCAUGAAGGAGUAGAACUUGGUAUCGGUGAUGCUGCUAUCAUCAAAACUCUGGCUGAAGCGUAUGGUAGGAAGGAGGACCAGAUCAAAAGUCAGCUGAAGGCUAUGGGGGAUUUAGGGCUUGUUGCCAAAGCUAGUCGCUCAACGCAGAGGCUGAUGUUCAAACCACCUCCUCUGACAUGCGUCAAAAUGUUGGAAACAUUUCGUGUAAUUGCUAAGGAAGUAGGCAAUCAAAGUAUGGACAAAAAACGUGGGAAGAUGAAAGCUCUUCUUGUGGCUGCAACAGACUGCGAACCUCUAUAUGUUGUCCGAUUGCUCCAGAGCAAGUUGAGGAUAGGUUUACAGGAGGCGACGGUACUGGUUGCCCUUGGUCAUGCUGCAGUUCUUUCUGAACAACCUCCCGUUCCAGCAUCCAAGCUUCAAGACCGUCUAGAGCUUGCUGCACAGACAAUGAAGCAGGUCUAUUCCGUCUCACCUGUAUUCGAGAAAAUCAUUCCAGUCCUGCUAACCCAGGGGAUUGAAAAGCUUGCGGACUCGUGUACAUUCACGCCCGGUGUGCCUGUCGGACCGAUGCUAGCUAAGCCAACUAAGGGAGUGUCAGAGGUGUUGGACAAAUUCCAAGAUCUGGAGUUCACCUGUGAAUACAAGUAUGAUGGGGAACGAGCACAGAUACAUUAUCUCGAAAAUGGAUCUGUUGAAAUAUAUAGCCGAAAUGCUGAACGGAAUACAGUAAAGUUUCCGGAUAUCGUUGCUGCCAUUGGAAGGUACAAAAAACCCGAGGCAGCAUCAUUUGUACUAGACUGCGAAGUAGUGGCUUAUGACACGGAGAAAAACAAGAUUCUUCCUUUCCAGAUUCUCAGUACUCGGGCUAGAAAAGGAGUGAUUAUUAGCGACAUCAAAGUGAAAGUCUGCAUAUUUGCAUUCGACCUCUUAUAUAUCAAUGGUCGAAAUCUCCUCAACGAACAGCUUGCCUUACGCCGAGAGGAGCUCUACAAAUCGUUCUUAGAGACAAGUGGAGAAUUUGAAUUCGCUACUGCGACAAAUACACGCGAGCUUGACGAGAUGCAAAAGUUCCUAGAUGCUGCCAUCAAUGAUUGUUGUGAGGGAUUGAUUGUGAAGACGCUGAAAACGGAUGCCACAUACGAACCUGCUAAGAGGUCCAAUAAUUGGUUGAAGUUGAAGAAAGAUUACAUGGACAGCGUUGGAGAUUCACUUGAUCUUGUGCCUAUCGGAGGUUAUUUUGGUCGAGGCAAGCGUACCGGUGUAUAUGGAGCUUUUCUUCUUGCUUGUUACGAUGAAGACUCCGAAGAAUAUCAGAGCAUCUGCAAAAUUGGAACUGGAUUUUCAGAACAGGUUCUUGAAGAACGCUCCUCCACCCUCCGAAAUCAUAUUGUCGACAAACCUCCGUCUUAUUAUCGAUAUGGCGAUACCUUGGGUGUGGAUGUGUGGUUCGAGCCCGUGGAGGUCUGGGAAGUGAAGGCGGCUGACUUGAGUAUCAGCCCUGUUCAUAAGGCCGCGAAUGGUUUGGUUGACCCAGUCAAGGGUAUAUCUUUACGGUUUCCUCGACUGAUAAGACUUCGUGAAGACAAGACAACGGAACAGGCAACUUCAGCAGGACAAGUUGCUGAGAUGUAUCGUGCACAGAAGAUCACUCAUCAGUCAAAGGAUGGUGAUAGUGACGAAGACUAAUGACGACCAGCUGUACGAAGAUCAUUGGAAUUAUAUGAAUCUGCGGCUCAGACUUUGUUUACUUUGGUGAGCAAAAAGUCCGAAGCGGGUGUGAAGGAAAUCGUCUCGACGUCACCUUGCAACGAGCAACCGAAUAGAUGUGUUGACGACGUCGUAUGAUGAUCCACCGGCAGUCGUCACAGUAGUCCCCUGUUGUUUUGGUGUCGCCUAUCUCAGUAUUCGUAAGUGACGAGCAAGUGCCCUUUUCACAUGAUUGAGCUGAGUCUUAAAACCACGCAAACCCAAGAAAGAGCUUCUGGACCGGCAGCAGAACAGGAAGAGAAACAAAAGGGGUAACAGGUAAGAGACGAGACUGGAGUAGUCUAAAGUAUGGUUGACCCUUUGCGACAUUCACCAAUGCAGUCGUUAAGAAAUACCGAUGAAGUUUGAAGGUUAUCGACCUAGCCUCUAUAACUUCACCUGGUUCUCGGUAGAUGGUGGUUUAUCGGAUAAUUCGUUCGCAGGCAUGGAUCAGGCAAUCUCGACAACCUUCAGGUCUUCAGAUCGUUCUGAUAACAAGGUCGACCGCCGAAGGAGUGCAAGCAUUCUCAAAGUAGGAAUGUUGUCUGAUUGAAUUGGAGCAAAGAUAAAGCACUCGGCAAAGCAAUGCAGUGCAUGUGGAGGAUGUUAGCAGUGAAUUGGCUCACAUUUCACAGCGUUCUUGGACAAAGUGGUAAUUGGUUUCAAGGAGUAAAUGAAUGGUUCUACUACUCGAAAUCUGAAUGGUGAUAUUCGACAACGGAGUUGGAUCUGUGAUUUUUCACUCGACAGACUUACCUACGUGUACAUGUGGUGUACAAAACUUUAUUAUACAUCGUUGUAUUUCCUACAAUCU